AUGCGAUGCUUAUCGAAGAUAUUUCAGCCUGUAAUCACUAUUCCAAAGAAUGCUAAGAUUAAAAACACAGAAAUUACGUGUAAAAGUCAAAAGCUGCUUCUAGAAUGCGGCCUCAUCCGUCCGACAGGGCCUGGACUCUUCACCAUCCUGCCACUAGCCCGGAGAGCUCUGGAUAAACUGGAGAAUCUGAUCAAAUCAUGUAUAGAAGCUGCCGGUGGUCAGAGGAUGGCCGUACCAUCACUCACUCCUGCCACAUUGUGGGAUAAGACGGGUAGACUGCAGGAGAUCGGUCCGGAGCUUAUUAAAAUGGAAGAUAGACACGGGAAGAAGUAUUUGUUGGCUCCGACACAUGAAGAAGCGAUAGCAGACUUGUUAGCAGAUGUGGGUCCACUGUCAUACAAACAACUGCCACUGUUACUGUACCAGAUCAGCAACAAAUACCGCGACGAGGCGCGUCCCAAGCACGGACUACUGCGCGCACGAGAGUUCUCCAUGAUGGACGCGUACGGCCUGCACGAGCACGAGCACUGCGCACGGGACACGUACAGCGCACUCACUGACGCGUACCAUACACUGUUCAGGACGUUGCAAUUGCCCGUGCAUAGAGUGGAAGCUCCGUCAGGCGACAUGGGGGGCCCCCUGUCCCACGAGUGGCAGCUGCCGGCCCCCGCGGGGGAGGACGCCGUCACUGUGUGCGCCGCCUGCGCGCGCGCACUCCCGCAGGGGGGGGCCUGUCGCACCUGCGGGGGGGACACUGCAGAAGUUCACAGCAUUGAGGUGGGUCACACGUUCCUACUGGGCAGCAAGUACAGCGCGGCCCUGGCGGCGCACUGCACGCCAUCUAGCGGCCCGCCCGCGCCACUAUACAUGUCCUGCUAUGGUAUUGGUAUUACUAGAUUACUAUCAGCGAGUAUAGAAGCACUGUCCAGUGACAAGUGUCUGCGCUGGCCAGACGCCAUCGCACCGUACAGCAUCUGCAUCAUCGGGCCCAAGGAAGGUUCAAGAGAAUGGGAGACACACGGCAUCGCCUCCAUAUCCCAGCUGUAUGAGACGCUGGAGCCUGCAAGACCUGGUGACGUCAUCGUGGACGACAGACACCACCUCACUAUUGGGAAGCGACUCAUGAUGGCGGACAGAAUGGGUUACCCGUACAUAAUAGUGAUGGGUAAGGCGGCCCUGUCCGACCCGGCACGGUACGAAGUAUACCGCAGCUGCGACGUCACCGCCAGCGUACAACUACUUACAACCACUGAGCUAUUGGAGCUUCUCAGCCAUAAAGAUUCACAACGAAUUAAAAUAAAAAAUGUUUAUUGA